AAGAAGUUCUGGGAGGCGAAGGCUCAGCAGGACCUCCACGAUAUCCUGACGCGGGAGCGCAACCUCAACCCAGCCAAGAACGUCGUCCUGUUCCUGGGGGACGGCAUGGGACUGCCGUCCAUCACCGCCGCCAGGAUCUACAAAGGGCAAUACAGGGGCGCCGUGUCGGGGGAGGAGCAGCAGCUCGUCUUCGAAACUUUUCCCAGCGUAUCGCUCGCUAAGACUUACUGCGUGGACAAACAAGUGCCGGACAGCGCGUGCACCGCCACAGCCUUCCUCUGUGGGGUUAAAACAAAUUACGAGGUCCUUGGGGCGGACGCUGGGGUGAUCCCGGGUAACUGCACAACCCUCACUGACGACAAUAAACUCUCUUCACUGGCAAGUCUCGCUCUGGAUGCUGGGAAGAGGGCAGGUUUCGUGACGAGUACGCGCGUGACGCACGCAACGCCGGCCGCGCUGUACGCGCACAUUGCGCACCGCGACUGGGAGUGCGACGAGAAGCUGACGACGGCGCGUGACGAAUGCCCCGACGUGAAGGAUAUCGCCAUGCAGCUCGUCGAGGACGACCCUGGCAGGAGGUUGCAUGUGAUCAUGGGCGGGGGGCGCCAGUACCUGAGCGCCGCCGCCACCGGCGGACCCGGUGACCCCAUCGGGCCCAAGGACUGCCGGCGCCAGGACGGCAGGAACCUCAUGGAAGAGUGGCUGGAUCGGCACGAGCGAGAUGGGAAGAGAGCGGCGAUCGUCCAAAGCCACAGCGCCCUCAGUAACCUCAGCACCGAUGGUCUGCAACACCUUAUGGGUAUCUUCGCGAACGGCCACGUGCCUUACGAGCACGAGAAGGUCCUGCAGAGCUUGGACCUGCCGACGCUGGCACAGAUGACGCGGAAGGCCAUCGAGGUGCUGCAGCAGGGAGACAAGGGCUUCUUUCUCCUGGUCGAGGGAGGCCGCAUCGACCACGGCCACCACGACAACAAGGCGAGACUGGCGCUGGACGAGUUGCUUGCCUUUGACGACGCCGUGCAGGUGGCGCUCGACAUGCUCGACACCAGCGAGACGCUGGUGGUGGUAACGGCGGACCACAGCCAUGUGAUGACCAUGAACGGCUACCCUCCUCGAGGGCAGAGCAUCACAAGCUUCGCCUCUAUGGGCGACGACUUGCUGCCAUACACAACCCUGAUGUACACCAACGGCCCGGGCUUCAACUUCUCAGUGGUGAACAACACCGCAGCCCGCUUCGACGUCUCCAAGGACGACGUCAGCAGCUUCAACUACACGCAGCUCAGCUCCGUCUUAAUGAAGUCGGAGACUCACGGUGGAGAAGACGUAGCGGUUUAUGCUAUUGGUCCGAUGUCGCACUUGUUCGAAGGCGUGCACGAACAGAACUACAUAGCGCAUGCCGUGGCGUACGCCGCGUGUGUGGGUGCGAACAAGGCACACUGUCAGAGCGCUGCUUCACCCACUGUCGUCCCCCACUUGGUACUGAUCCUGUCGCUGGGCGGCCUGCUCAGAGGUGUCUAAUGUUGCAGUCACCCGGAGCGUUAUUCACCGCAAAAAUAACAGCAGGAAGACUCAACACAUUUAUUUGCUCAACAUUUCACCGAACUGCAUAACAUCUACGGAUACCUACGCAUCACGUACGCGUCGACGGGGAGUGUCGUCUACCGGCGCUGGCUGACGCCUUCCGGCGACGCAUGCCGGGCCUUAGCUCGGCAUGCGUCACAUACACCUAACAUUUACGGCGCCGUAGGCUAGCAUGUCAUGUAAACGCAACAUUCACUCCACAUCACCAUAUUACCUUACUAUUACUCAUAGUUGAAAUUAGCAACAAAAACACUAAAUAAGUUACAAAUGAAAUCCUACUCGUACAGAGUGACCUAAAUAGUACAGUAUUAUAAUGAAAUAUAUAUAGAUCGGAGUGAAAAGAAACUGAUGCAAAUGGCUGUUCAGAAUGUUAAUAAACGCGAUGGGAUCAAAAAUAGGAGACGUACGGCUGUUCAGGUUCAACAGAACCGAUGUAGUCAAACUCCCGACUACUAUCGUAGUUGACAUACGGUAUGCCGUUCGUGCCUUGGUCUACUAGUAACCUAAAUAGCUAGCCCGUGGUUGUAAAUAACGGUGGUUGUAAUAACUUCAGUGGUUGUAAAACGUACGACCUAGUCAUGCACCACUGGACUCUCUUGGUAGUGCUUAUUUAAGUGGAAACCUUAGGAGAAAAUUUAAGUAACAGUCGGAAAUAGGAACAAAUUUUGUGAAGUU